UAAGAUUAUAGCUGGAACGUAUAUAACGAAGAAUUUUAAACAUGGAUAAAUAGUCUAUAGUAGGGUGGCUAUACACCUAAUAUCCUACAUCUAGCGGAUAUCAAAAUGAAUUCAGUGAGAGUCUUCUGCUUUAAUCGGAUUUAGGAUAAAACCUUCGAAAAUAGCGGAGAUGACUCUUGGAACUGUGUAUAUUGAUAAUUAAAAGGUUUAAACUCUUAUAUUCCUCUACUGAGUAUUUCCUCUCAUCUGUUAGUUCUCAGAGGUCAACUUCCUAAUCUGGAAAAGGUAUGCGAAGUCUUAGAGGAAAUAUACUACCUUGUAAAUCACUUAUGAUGUCUAUCCACAACAAAUCCUAAUAUCACACAGUUAAUAGAAUAUCGGCGUUAUUGAACGAUAUCUUGGUGAUCCAUGUGGGAUGUUUGACAAUGUGCGAAAUAAUCUUUAAUUUAAAUUUCUCUGAAAAACUCCAUCACUCAAGUUGCAAAGCUGACCUCCUAAGGAACGACUUGGCAGUAAAUCAUGAAGUUGAAUCUACUAUUGGGUGUCUUACCAAUAGUAACUGCGACGCCUUUCCAUCAAUUUAAACGUAAUAUAAUUAACGAUGCCAAUCAAGUUAACAAUCAGACAUAUGAUUAUAUUAUCGCAGGCGCAGGUAUAGGAGGUCUUAUCACAGCCAAUAGAUUAACUGAGGACGAGAAUACACGUGUUUUAGUCAUUGAAGCCGGUGGUAACGGUGACGACGUACGAGAGCGAAUUGAUAUUCCUGCUCAGGCUUAUCUAGACGGAUUACCUGUUGAUGGUUCUCCCUACGACUGGGCUAUCUACACUGAAGCACAAUCUAAUCUCAAUGGUAGAAAUCUUCAUUGGCCAAGAGGCAAAAUAGUUGGUGGAUCAACCGCUGUUAACGCGUUGUAUAUGACACGCUCAACAAAAGAUCAACACGACGCAUGGUCUGAGUUGAUUGACGAUGAUGGUUGGAAUUGGGAUAAUCUCCUACCAUACUUCCGUCGAUUCGAAACUUUUACAACCCCAAAGAAGAGCUUAGAGAAAAAUCUUUCAAUUGAGAUAGAACAUUCAGCACAUGGUUAUGAUGGAGGUAUCCAAAUAUCAUUUCCACAAUACAAUUAUCCUCAAAACGGUCUUUGGCAACCAACUUUCGAAAACCUGGGUAUAGAUUCAGAUAACGAUCCAUUUAGUGGUCAAAACAUUGGUGGAUACAUUACUCCAAAUUCCAUUGAUCCAGAUACACAACUUCGUUCUUACGCGGCGAGCGCUUACCUCUAUCCAAUAGAAACCUCACGUUCAAACUUAGUAGUACUAACUGACGCACUCGUUACUCGUGUCAAUUUCGAUACUUCUAGCGCAAGACCUAAGGCUAAUGGUGUAUCAUUCAGAGCAAAUGGAAACAAUGAUGAAUUUCAAGCGCAUGCUACAAAUGAAGUUGUAAUUGCAGGUGGUACAUUGGGGUCUCCACAAAUUUUGCUUCAAUCUGGUAUAGGUCCUAGGGAAAACUUGGAGAGCCAGAAUGUUAAUGUGCUCGUCGACCUUCCUGGUGUUGGUGCACAUCUUCAAGACCAUAUCAGUGCAACUGUUGAAUUCAGUACCACUGCUCCUGUUGGAGGUUCACUUAGUGAUUCUGAACUGGAUGAACAACUUGAAAUUUUUCGCGAAGGUCACUUUGCUAGGAGUCUCUACUCUACACCAAAUGGAGCAAUAGCUUAUAUUCCACUUGAGGAUAUCAUGGGAGAUGAGACCUCAACAUUUUUGGACCAGCUGGAAGCUAACAUGACGGACGCUACAUCCUCGGGUGAUGAUCCAGAUGAAGUUAAAGCAGGCUAUCGUGCAACCUAUGAAAGUGACUUGGAAAACGUAUACAAAGCAGGGAAUGCUGUUGUAGAAAUCUUGAUGAACAAUUUAGGUUCAAAUCUUGGAUUCCAAUUGGCAUUACAGCAUCCAUUUAGUCGCGGUAAGAUCUACCUUGGGUCAAGUGACACGAGUGAAAAUGCGAAAGUCGAUCCGUUGUACCUCUCACACCCUGCAGACAUCCAACUCAUACGUAAUGGUCUCAAGUACAUUAGGAGAUUAGCAGCAACUGAACCAAUUUCAACCAUGAUCAGGGAUGAAGUUAGCCCUGGACUUGGCACAAGUAGUGAUGAUGAUUUAGAUGAUUAUAUUAGAAAUAGUGCAGUCUCACAAUAUCAUCCUGCAUCUUCAUGUGCAAUGUUACCUGAAGAAAAUGGUGGUGUAGUUGACUCACAAAUGCGAGUCUACAACGUUGAUAACCUUCGCGUCAUCGAUAGCUCAACAAUUCCAUUACCAGUAGCUGCACACCACAUGCAAGUUACGUAUGCAAUUUGCGAGAAAGGAGCAGAUCUUAUAAGAGGUUAUCAAAAAGCUUCUGACUCUCCUUCUGCAACAGAUAGUGAAUCGGGAGCUUCACUUUCUAAACAUUUCAACGGGCAAUUACUUAUAAUGAUGAUGAUAAUUGCUUCAAUUGUUAACGGACUUUAGACAAUGACGGACUUUUAUUAAACAAUGUAUACAUUACGAAAUGAUAAUGAAUGCUCUAAACUAUGCUGAAAUUUUAUGAAAGUAAUUGUUCGACAACGAUGUCAUCGCUGAUGUUUUGAAUGUUAUUACCACGAUAAUCUAAAGCUGAAAGUACUUCUAUGACGUUAUUUUCAAGGAAACCCAUAGAAGUAAACUUGUUGACAUCAUUUUGAGCGAGACCAGCAGCAGCAGCAGGUGACAAAUUGCUUCCUUCAGCUUCUUUAUAUAUGCCUUUAGUCCACAUUCUUGCUGUUUUGUUAAAUUUCUCCCUAUCGGUGGUAUAAAUUUUUGCAACGACUGCAUCCUGUGGGUCAUCAGGGGCAGGUGAACAGAGUAGACUUUGUAAAGAGAUCAAAGUUGAUUUUAAAGUUAAAACUGGAGACCAUUCCUUGCCUAGAAUGUCAAGACAGAUAAGUCCAGUUUGUGAUGAAAUAUUUGGAUGAUAAACGCGAGUAAUGAAUUUCAUUUUCAAAGGCUGGAACGGGUAGCUAUCCGGGACUUGUAUGUCUACAUGGAAGUCACCAUCCUCGUAUGGUGUAUCGUCAGGACCUUUGAAAUAGCCAACGAGAUGGUAAGGGUUAUCAUCAACCAUUUCAACAGUAAUACCUGAGUUGUCCUUAACUUGGCAAUCUUUGAUUUCUUUUAAAAUACGUUUACUUCUUGGGUCCAUUUUG